CCAUACCCGUGAGAAACAACCACUUUAGAGGAUAACUUGAACAGCAAAGAAGGAGCCACUCUCUUGCACUCCAGCCGUCAGUUGCAAAAGGAGAAAGAGUGUGUGUGUGUGUGUGAGUGAGUGAGAGCGAGACCAACUUGAAAUUUCUCCUUCUCUUCGAAGGUGAGGUAUGGAAGGGUUAUUGAAUUCCUUGCUUAACCAAAGUUGCUUAAAACCCUUUGGUUUCACUCCGAGACUUGGUUAUACUUUCCCAGUGGUUACAACUAGAACUGGGAGUUUAAAUCGAAAACCUGAAUCCUGCACCCUGAGAAGUAAUUGCACACAAUUGGGUAGAGACACUGGCGCUAGUUCCCGGAGAGCUGGUGUUGAUGCACUGGAUAAUGGUGGUGAUGGAGAAGAAUCUAAUGUGGAGUGGGAAUCUGAGUUUCUUGGGGAAGUUGAUCCGUUUGGUUACCGGGCUCCCACUAAGAAAAGGGAAAAAGUGCAGAGGUCAAAGUUGCUUGAAGAAACUGAUGAAAUGGAUUGGUGUGUGAGGGCCAGAAAGAAGGCCCUGAAAUCAAUUGAAGCAAGGGGCAUGGGUCAUCUGAUUGAAGAUUUGGUUACGGUUAAGAAGAAAAAGAAGGACAAGAAGAAGUUGGAAAGCAAGAAGAAAAUAGUAAAGAAAAUUGAGAAUAUCGAAGAUCUUGACUUUGGCUUGGAGGAAGAGUUCCCACAGCCUAUCCAACCUCUGAAUGAUGUUGACGAUUUGAAAAGGAGAGUGAGUAUGUUUUCUGAUGGACUGUUUAUAGAAAAGAAGGAAAAAGCAAAGGAAGAAUUUGUCAAUAGGCUUUCUCAAUUCUCCGGGCCAUCUGAUCAUAGAAAAGAAGUCAACUUGAAUAAAGCAAUCAUUGAAGCACAGACUGCAGAUGAUGUUUUAGAGAUAACAUAUGAAACAAUUGUUGCGGUUGCAAAAGGCCUAAGCCCUUCUCCUCUGUCCCCAUUGAACAUUGCCACUGCUCUUCAUCGCAUUGCUAAGAAUAUGGAGAAGGUUACUAUGACGAGAACUCGAAGAUUGGCUUUUGCUCGACAAAAAGAGAUGUCUAUGCUUGUGAGUGUUGCGAUGACAGCCUUACCUGAGUGCUCUGCUCAAGGAAUCUCUAACAUAUCUUGGGCACUGUCCAAAAUUGGAGGUGAACUGCUUUAUUUUUCAGAAAUGGAUAGAAUUGCAGAGGUUGCACUGACCAAGGUUGGGGAUUUCAACUCCCAAAACAUUGCUAAUAUAGCAGGUGCCUUUGCUGCAAUGCAGCAUUCUGCUCCUGAUCUUUUCUCAGAGUUGUCGAAAAGGGCUUCAAACAUAAUUCACACUUUUCAAGAACAAGAGCUAGCUCAACUUUUAUGGGCUUUUGCUUCGCUAUAUGAGCCAGUUGACCUUGUAUUUGAUUCUUUAGACAUAGUCUUCAAAGAUAGUUGCCAAUUGAGAAGUUGCACAAGUGAAAAGACAUCGAGUAAUGAUGAACAAAUCAGUUUUGACAGAACUGGUGCCUCAAAUGGAUCUCUGAGCUCUCCUGUACUCACUUUAACGAGGGACCAGCUUGGGACAAUAGCUUGGUCCUAUGCGGUCUUUGGACAAAUGGAUAGGAGUUUCUUCUCUCAUGUCUGGAAAACUCUCUGCGAUUAUGAGGAGCAAAGGGUUUCAGAGUUUUACAGGGAGGAUAUGAUGUUUGCUUCUCAAGUUCAUCUUGUAAACCAGUGCUUGAAGCUUGAAUUCCCACAUCUUCAGUUGUCAUUAUGUAGUGAGUUUGAGGAGAAAGUUGCCCUUGCUGGAAAAACUAAAAGGUUUAAUCAGAAAAUAACUUCAUCAUUUCAAAAAGAGGUUGGACGCCUACUCAUAAGCACUGGCCUGGAAUGGGUCAAAGAAUAUGUUGUGGAUGGUUACACUUUGGAUGCUGUGCUUGUUGAUAAGAAGCUUGCUUUGGAGAUUGAUGGUCCAACUCACUUCUCGAGAAAUACUGGUGUUCCAUUAGGACAUACCAUGUUAAAACGUCGAUACAUCACUGCUUGUGGUUGGAAAGUCGCAUCUGUAUCCCAUCUGGAGUGGGAGGAAACUCAAGGGGCGUUUGAACAAGUAGAGUACCUUAGGAACAUCCUCAAAAAUCAUCUAGACGAGGGAUACGCCGAAACUACUCUGACUGGGGUAAAGUGAUUAGCCAAUGCUGCUUGUCAAGUGUAAGGAGAUAUCAGAUAUGUAUUUUUUACCAAGCUCCCUUGAUAAAUUUUAGUAAAGAGGAUGUAUAUUUCUUGGAAAUAUUUCAUUUCAAAAGCAUAAAUACCAUUUCUCCCCA